CACCUGUCCAACUCUUCACAUUAACUCGGGUUCCAGAGGAGACCCAAAGGUUUGGUGCGCCUCCUUAAAUUCCAACCCAGCAGGACGGAUCCAUUCACAGAGCAGACCUCCGAGAGCUCGUCUUCUCCUCGACGGCCGGCGGCGACGAAGGGCAAUGGAGGCCGGGGGAGACGCCGAGCCUGCGCAAGCGGCGCCGGCCAGGGACUGGGCGGAGCUGCCCCUCGACGCCAUCGCGUCGGUCUUCGCCAGGCUCGGCCCCGUCGAGAUCCUGAUGGGCGCCGGGCUCGUGUGCCGCUCGUGGCUCCACGCGGCCGAGGAGCUUUCUUCCCUCUGGAAUCACCUCGACACGGCGAGCAGCCACAAUGUCGUCAAGGACAAGUGCAGGUCCAGCGAUGCGGGUGCCCUGCGUGCCAUGGCGAGGAAGGCCGUGGACCGCUCCGCCGGCCAGCUGGAGGUGUUCGUAGGGGAGGAGUUUGUCGAUGAUGACCUGCUCAAGUACAUUGGGGCAGGGCACCAUCUCUCAAGGUUCUUCGCCUUAUAUCAUGCUUCCAUAUCUGCAAUGAAGGAUUUGUCGAGGCAAUCAGCAAGUUCCCUCUGCUUGAGGAGCUCAACCUUUCUACCUGUGAGAGUAUAGGUGGCCGUGCAACCUAUGAGGCUGUUGGCAAAGCAUGCCGAAACCUAAAGCAAUUCGUAGCUGACAAAGAGUUCACAACAUACGGCAAGUUCGGCCAUGAUGAAGCCUAUGGUAUCGCAACAAUGCACAGGCUGCGCUCCCUCAAGAUUUCUUGCGGUGAACUGAACAACAAGGCAAUGGCUGCCAUCCUUGACAACUGCCCUCACCUGGAGUCCCUUGACCUAUUUCGUUGCUUCAACGUUGUCAUGGAUGGCGCAAUGC